GAAAAAAAAAAAAACAAAGAGAGAAGAAGUUACUUGUGUGCUGCUAACGUUUGGAGUUUUAGGACAUACAAAAACAUAAAAACAUGCGGGGCAGAACAAAAAGAAGUGUCAAAUGAACAACAACAUAAACGCCCGUUCCAUUUCCCGACUCGGUACUCGGAUUCUAUCAGACUCAGUGUAGACUUAGUUGACUUGUUCUCUUGCAACAACACACCAUCAUAUUACCACCGAAGUUUUUUUUUUUUCUCGGCGCGGCGGAUAUGGCAUCGUCGGAGGAGGAGAAGCUAGUGGAGGACGAGUUGUCGUACCCUAUUAUGGUGGCGGAGCGAGUUCGCUCGGCCCUGGACGAGUCUGACUCGUUCAAACUCGAGUGCUCCGAGGUUGGGAAGCACGUCGAUCGCCUCCUCCAAAUGCUCCGAACCCUCGUCCGCUUCGCCACCGCCACCUCCACCUCCUCCGUCGCGCCGCCCCUCUACGAGCGCCCCAUCCGCCGCGUCGCCGCUGAGGCCUCCAAGAACCUCGACCGCGCCCUCGCCCUCGUCCGCAAGUGCAAGCGCCGCAGCAUCCUCCGCCGCGUCGUCUCCAUCGUCAGCGCCGCCGAUUUCCGCAAAGUCCUCACCCACAUCGACGCCUCCACCGGCGACAUGAUGUGGCUCCUCAGCAUCCUCGACGCCGACGGCGCAGGCGACGGCGGCGGCGGCGGCGGCAUUGUCCUCUCCCUCCCUCCGAUCGCCAGCAACGACCCCAUUCUCUCUUGGGUAUGGUCUUUUAUCGCUUCCAUUCAAAUGGGUCAGUUAAACGAUAGAAUUGAGGCUGCAAAUGAACUUGCUUCUUUUGCACAAGACAAUGCUAGGAAUAAAAAGAUCAUAGUUGAGGAAUGUGGGGUGCCUCCUUUGUUGAAGCUUUUAAAGGAAGGCACUUCCCCUCUUGCUCAAAUUGCUGCUGCUACUACUUUGUGUCAUUUGGCUAAUGAUUUGGAUAGGGUUAGAGUCAUUGUGAGUGAGCAUGGUGUGCCUGCUGUUGUGCAGGUUCUUAGUGACUCCCCCAUGAGGGUUCAGACCCUGGCUGCCAAUUUGGUUGCCAGGAUGGCCAAGCAUGACCCUGUCGCGCAGGAGGAUUUCGCGAGGGAGAACGCCAUUAGGCCGCUUGUCACGCUCUUGUCGUUUGAUACCUUUGUGGAUGAUCCAUUGGGGCAUUUGGGGAAGCAGAGUAUUCACUCUAUUGUUCAGAUUAAUAAGGAGUUGGGGAAGGGUGGCCGGGGAGGGCACCAGUUCUCCAGUUCCUACUCGAGUUCGUAUUUGUUUACGGAGUGGAGUAGCCGGGGAGUGAACCAUAGGAAGGAGAGGGAGAAUGAGGAUCCUGUGGUGAAGCUUCAGCUGAAGGUUAGUUGCGCUGAGGCGUUGUGGAUGCUUGUGCAAGGGAGCGUGACCAACAGUAGGAAGAUAACUGAGACCAAAGGGAUGCUUUGCUUGGCUAAGAUUGUUGAGAUGGAGCAAGGGGAGCUGCAGCUUAAUUGCUUGAUGACGAUGAUGGAGAUAACCGCUGCUGCUGAAUACAAUGCUGAUCUUCGCCGUGCAGCAUUUAAGACCAACUCCCCGGCUGCUAAAUCUGUUGUGGAACAGCUGUUGAGGAUAAUUAAAGAGGUGGACAGCCCGGCAUUGCAAAUUCCAGCGAUGAAGGCCAUUGGCUCGUUGGCUAGGACGUUUCCCGCUAGAGAGACCCGGGUAAUUGAACCGUUGGUGACACAGAUGGGUAAUAGAAACGCAGAAGUAGCAGAUGAGGCAGUGGCUGCUCUCGCCAAGUUUGCUUCUCCAGAUAAUUUCCUACAUGUGGAGCAUUCCAAGACGAUAGUUGAAUUCAGUGGAAUCCCGGCACUGAUGAGACUGCUAAGGAGUAAUGAAGUUGCCCAGAUGCAUCAUGGGCUAACUCUUCUUUGCUACCUUGCACUGCAUGCUGGCAACAGUGAGUCCUUGGAACAAGCAAGGGUGUUGAUAGUUCUAGAGGGUGCAGACAGAACAGUCCUUCCUCAGCAUAUAAAGGAAUUGGUCUCCAUGGCAAUAAUCCACCUCAAUUUGUAUCAUGCAGGAAUGAAUUCUCAAAGGAUAUCAUAUUUUCCUUGACUGCAAAUUUAGCUUGUUUGUGGACCCUGCGUUUUUGUGGGUUCAACAGUAUAGUGUUGAGUUUGUUGCAUCUGGUCAACUCUUUGGGGGAAUAAGGGGGGCUUUAUAGGAACAAAGCAUUACUUAAGAAAAUACAUUAGUUCUUCAGCUUAGACAGUUUCUUAUUUUUCUUUUCCUCCCCUCAUAAAACUAGUCAAUGGGGGUGGCAGUUGUGCAGAGAUUUAUAUUGUAUAAUUAAUAAUUCAUUUUUAGUCAUUUGAUUUUAUUACUUGUGUACUUA